AUGAGUCCGGCGUUCUCCGCCGCCGCGAGGCCUACGCCUGGGGCGGCUUCGGCGCAGUCUGCUGCUCCGCCCGGCCGCCUGCGCCCGGCCGCCGCCGUGCCGAGCCGCCACCGCGCCGCCAGCCGCGCUCCGACCGACGAGCGGGCGGGGACACGCGGCGCGCGCGCGCGGGCGGGGCCUCGGUUGGUCUGCUGUUUGCCGGCAAGGCGGCACGCUGGACGUACGCGGGCGGCUCAGGGGCCGCGCUGCCCGCCGGCCCGGCGCUCGGCCCCCACCACUCGCGCCCCUCCCAGGCUGGAUUCCCCUUCCCGGACACGCCCCCAGCUGUUCCCGCCCCGGGCCUCCCCUCCCCUGCGCGUACCCGGGACUGCGCCCCUGCCACUCCUUGGCGCGGUGACCCGGGCCGGAGCCCGCGUGGUGGAGCAGCCCAUCCGCGUGGGGCGCUACCGGGCUGGUCGCCGCGGCCUCAAGCAGACAGCGAGAGGGGCGCACCCCGGCCUGAGCACGGCCGGAGCUGGGGCCGCGGACCCAGGACCCAGGAGCUGGACAGCGCCCUAGUCGGGGAAGGUGAUCUGAGUGGGAGGCUGGCUGUUUCUGGGACUGUCAGGCAGGCGUGGCAAGUGAUACUACUUAGCGGUUCAAAAAAAAAAAAAAAUCAGGAAAACAGCCCAAACUGGAGGGUGCUGAAGGCCAUUUUGUUACCUACAAGUUGUGAAAAAUCAAACCUUUGAGAAAGGUGGGCAGAUCGAGUGACUGAUGACAAGGGUCUGGGCAUCUGUUUACAGAACAAAUGCUUUGAAAAUACCUUCCGAGUCGAUCCCUUAGCAGACAUGGAUGGAGAAAAGGAUCUAACAGGUGGAGUUUCAAACCUGCUACGGUACUUCCUAAACAGACUAAGGGCUGGGGUGAGACCCGCAGACAUACACCUCUCCUUAGCCCUCACCCCCAUCGCGGACUGCCUCUCCUGCUCCGCUCCAGUUUUCUCAGGCAGCAGGUAACUCCCUAGAGAUCGUCCAAAGGGCUCCUCCCAGUUUUCCAUCCCAGCAUAGCAACUCCAUGGCUGCGAGACGCCUCCCAUUUAAGCCUACCCAAUGCUCGUUUUUCUUGCACAGUGCGACCAGGGCCACCACAUCGAGAGGUUGCAUCACGGCCCUUAGGGCCUCCCAUUGCGCUAGAGGAAACCCAGGCUUCUUGUUACCAUCACAUUGAUUUGGACCCUUAUGCCUGCUGUAGGACUUCUCUUCAUGCUGGGCUAUUCCUGCUCCAGAGAUAGCCCCUUGCCGGCAGGGGUGGACUCCUGGGUAUUUGGAGUGGAGAGCUGCUGGGUAGAGGUGUGGAAAUGGACAGGGGUUCUGAACACACCCAUCCUAAGAGAGACCUCACUCUGAUUGCCCAGAGUCGCCUGCACCACCUGCUUCUGAGAGAAGAUCUGGUGUCUGUUGGGCCUCACGGUGCACUCCACUCUGCCCGGCACUGCUAAUAUGGCUCUUCCUUCAGCUUAAUGAAAUCACUUCUGUCUGCUGAGGCUAGUGGACACUCUAUACCCAACCAAAGAGACCUGCGAGGAGACAGACCAUGGGUGGGGACAGAGGCUCUUGUAACUCUGUCGUCUCCAUUUGGAAUCAGGCUGAGACACACCAAGGAUCCAGUAAACAAGAUUAUAAAGAAAGAAAUCUAGGCCUUGAACUUUGAAUGGCAGGACUUGCAGAAGGCCACAUGUACAACAAACUUCACACAGGAUCAAGCCCAGUGUAGGGCUCCUGGGAAGCAGGUAUUCUCAGCUCAGAAAUAUUUUCCUCUCUCAGAUCUAUUUUAUUUUGAAAUGUAGCUGGAACCAACCCCUUCUCCCCAACUUCUGGGCAUAUUUUAGGAUUAGGCAGUGCUGAUUCUUUCAUAAGUUGCCUUGGUCGUGGUGUCUCUCCACAGCAAUAGAACAGUGCCCAAGACGAGUAAUAAGAGUGAGCACAGAUCAGCACCUGCUCAGCCUCACUCUCCCUCUGCAGGCCUUGUCAGCGCUGUGCCGUGGCUCCUCUUUGUACCAGUUACUUUUCUUGUCCCGGGGACAGAAAACCUGAAAGAAAAGCUUAAAGUUCCCAUUCUUGAGGCAGCAACCAGGAUCCUCUCAGAGCUCCAGAGCUACCUGCAUCAGACUGGAAGGGAGAGAAAUGCUUCCAGGAGAGUGGUUUAAUGUGGCCAGAAACUACAAGACUGGGCCUGUGUAAAUGUUACUGUACACAGCUGACCUUCACUGAGUGUGGCAGCCCAGAGCUCCACUGGAGGGCUCCAGUGGCUAUACAGUGGAAACCUGGAAGGGACCCACACCACAAGACUGCAAAAUGUGAGACUCACAGCAGAUCUGCACCACAGGGGCCACAGGCGCCCAUGGACCCUGGAGCUGAGGCCUCACUUUCCCACCCAGAUUCUCCAUGCUCUGUGAAAAGCCAUGUACCCUUAGUGCCACAGCUAAUGUAUCUUCUGGCCUCAAGAUUUCCCAUAUCCACUGCUACAGUUUGUUAACAUGUAAUAAAAAAAUUUAAAACAUUGCUACAAAAUAUUCAUAAGACAACAUGGUUCAUCUUGAUUGACAGCUUGAUUAAAUUAAGACAAGGAGGUUAGUUCUGCACACCUUGGGCUUGUCUGUGAAGAUAUUUCCAGGAGGACUAAGGAGGAAGAUUCACCCAGAAUGUGGGUGGAGCCAUCGCCAUAAGCUGGAGCCCCAUGGACAGGAACAAAAGGAGCUCACACUCAGAUGUUCUGCUUCCCUGAGCCUUCCUUGCCACAAUGGGCCAAGAUCCCGGAAACCCUGAGCAAAAUAACCAAUUGGGUUGUUUAUGGCACACAUUCUGUCACACUCACACAAAGUGAUUAAAUGAGGUAGAAAUAAGAAUUUAUGUAAUAAAAUUAUGUUGUAAAAUAA